AUACUUCUAAAAUAGGGUACUGAUCCAGAAUUUUAUGUAUCUCUGACUUUAGGAGAAAUGCAGCACAACUACAUACACCCUAAAAAGAAAGUAGGAUGACCAUCUCCCUUGGCUGCACUACAACCUCCAGCCAGUUUUGCACGUAGCAUGGCAGGAAAGCACUUUGCCAUCAGAAACACGUGAAGCGAGCAGAUUUAGCCCUGUGAGAGCCAAACACCAGCAGUGGUAGUAGAACAGGGACAUUUCCCCGUGAGGGAGGCAGAACCCAAGGCAUACAGGUUUAAAAGCUGUCUUCCUACAGCGGCCAGGAAGACUGCGCCGCGGACCAUCACCAUGCUGCUGGGGCAUACUUCUGCCUCCAAAGGCAGAAAUGAAAAAUCAUCUCCAAAGAAACAUCUCCUCCUCUCCCCCUCCCUAUCAAGGCGUUUCUACUUUCCUGGGGUGACACUGACACGUUGCAAAACUCUCUACAAACACGCAGAGAGAGGCAGAAAGGGCAAAUUCCUGCAGGUGACGAGAGGAAGGCCGGGACUCCAAAAACCUCCAAAAACUGAAGGAACCCUUAUUCCUCGCCUGGAGGAGAGGAAACACAAAUACCCUUGCUAAAAUAAGGAAUAAAAAACCGCCGAGGUUUACACGACGGCACUCAGAGGACUGCCCGGACUGACCCCUCCGCGCCGCCAUUUUGCGGCCGCCCCGGCUGCACUGCGCACGCCCAUCGCGGCCGCUGCGGGGCCCCGGGCAGCCUCCGGCCCCAUGGAGGAAGAUGGAGGCCGGGGAGCCGCGGCUAGCCCGGCGGCGUCCGCCCGCUUCGUGCGGUGCCUUUACGCGGUGGGCUUCCUGGAUUUGUUUGGUGUGAGUAUGGUUGUUCCUUUAAUGAACCUUCAUAUCAAAUCUCUAGGAGCAAGUCCUACAGUUGCUGGUAUAAUAGGAUCUCUCUAUGGUAUAAUGCAGCUAUUUUCCAGCACAUUUGUGGGCUGCUGGAGUGAUAUAGUAGGAAGACGGUAUUCCCUGCUUACUUGUAUUCUUCUCAGUGCACUGGGUUACUUCAUUCUUGGAAUGUCCACCACUGUGCACCUGUUUGCCAUUUCUAGAGUCCCUGUAGGUAUUUUCAAGCACACGCUCUCCAUCUCUAAAGCCCUGCUUUCUGAUUUGGUUUCUGAGAGAGACCGCCCUUUAGUAAUGGGACGUUUCAAUGCAGCCUCCAGUGUGGGCUUCAUUCUGGGACCUGUUGUUGGUGGCUACCUUACAGAGUUGAAAGAUGGCUUUUAUCAAACGUCUUUCAUCUGUGCUUCUAUCUUCCUUCUGAAUGCUGGUCUUGUCUGGAUGCUACCCUGGAGCGAAGAAAACACUGGCAAUAGGAAACAAAAACAAGAGAAGAAAAGGACAGACAGUAUCACAGCAAAAACAAAUUGUGACCUGCAGUUGAAAUCAGUAACUAAUGGAACUGUGGCGAGUGAUAGUCCUUUCCAGUCUCCGUGGGUCCAAAUUGUGACAGUGCUGAAGAGGAUUAAAGGAAUUGCAUGUUCUGACUUGUGGGAUAUAUUUUUGGUGCGGUUACUGAUGUCUGUUACUAUACUGCUGUACCAUAGUAAUUUUAGUCUGGCCUUGGAGGAGAGAUUUGGGGUGAAACCCUUGUUCUCUGGAUACCUAAUGAGCUAUAGCAGUUCACUCGGAGUCCUGGCUGGUUGUCUGCUUGGACCAAUAACAAGACUGUAUCAGCACAACACUUACAGACUUCUGUUGCACUCCAGCACUUUUACCUGCACGUUGAUUCUCCUGUAUGCAUCAGCGCUUAGCAUAUGGAUGGUCAUUUUGUCUUCUACCUUCUUAGCCUUUUCAACUACUAUAGGUCGUACUUGCAUCAUUGAUCUUGAACUGACCAUCGGUGGGAAUGAGGCCAGCGGUACGCUCCUGGGUGUUGGACAGUCUGUGACAUCAGUGGGACGUAUAAUUGCCCCGCUCCUUUCUGGAAUUGCUCAGGAGUUCAGUCCUUGUGGCCCUCCAAGCGUAGCGGUUGGAUUGGCUUUGGUAGCUAUUCUGAUAAUGAAUGUAAACAAACAGAAAUAUUGUAGCAGUGGAAAUGUUAAGUUAAAAAAUCAGUAGCUGCAAAUUUGGAUUGUAUGGUUGUAUCUUACAGAAGAGGCAAUGAAUCAACCUGGGGUGAUGCUUACACCUACCAGACCUGUACAGCAGUAACAGGAUCUUCUACGAGGACAUGUUAUGUUCACAUGGACAACACGUAACAAACUUGUUGGAGACAAAUACAUAUAAAUAUCUGCUGCAGGACUGAUGUAUUUUUGAGCUGGUACCACUAGAACUCUGCUGAGAGGGACACAUAUUACUAUACAGUAUGGGCUCGGAUUUUUUUUUUUUUGUGGACUUUUAACCUUUCUGGAGGGAAAAAGGAUGACUUGAAGUACACAAAUCCUGUUUGUAGCUAACAUUUGAAACAGUAUUUAGACUGACUUUAAAAGGUGCAGACGGAAGUUGAUUUGUAUUAUUUAAUCAAAAGUGAAUUUUUAUUAUUUAAUUGGAAUUUACAUUAUAACUCGUUAGCCUUAUUUUCUUAUGCUGUGGCCUGCUUCCAUUUGUCUGCUGUGACAAUAGCUUCAUUAAUAGGAUAUUUGCUUAUAUGAUUUGUUAAGCAUACUUUGUCUACAAAACUUGUGCAGCAUGAUUAGACACCUUAGGGUAGCUGUCCGGCCCCUGUUUUCUAGUCUCUCCCAGGUAACAGAAUUGGGUAUAUGUUAAUUUUGUGUAUUAGCAAGCCUAAAUUGAACAAUUUUAGAAUAACGUGAGGACAUUCAUAUGGAAACUGAGACCAAACUUAAGCUUUAUUGAACCUUGAACUGGUAGUUUCUGUUUAGUGCUGACUUCUACUGAGCAACUUUGUCGUAAAUUAUUUUUUAAUACUUCCUGUGCAGGUUUUCUACCUUCGUUUUAAGAAUAAAUUUUCUUCUCAAGUCUUUUGAAUGACUGUUAAAGGUCUGCCAAAGCAACCAACAGUAAUUCUAAGAUGGCUUUGGAUUAAUGCAUUCUCUCUCAUUACUGGAGUCAUAGGUGACAUUUUAGUGGCAAAACAAAAAGUGUCAAUUUGUUUGUAUUUUGGUCUUAUUUGUCUGAACUUCUUAAGUAAUGAGAGCUUACUCUCAGAGCUACAGUGAGAGUUGUAGUGCUCUCUCGUGCUAUUUGUUGUUCGAGUCUAUAUUGCUUACCAGUCACCACUGUUUAUAUUUAAUCUGAAACAUAUACAAAAAAGUAUUUUGCACUGAUAAUGUUCCGUGUGCUUUUCCUAGCAUUACUUGAUGAAAGGACAAAGUCAACUACAUAGAAUUUUUAUUUUUUGAUUUAAAAAAAAACACGUUAUUCCCUUGAAUACAUCUGUGCAAAUAUGUUGCUACUUUAGGAGAAUCUCAGUGUUUUGCACUUUAUAUUUUCUUUUCCAGUGCCUGCUGCCAUUUAAGUCCUUUCUGAAACCUCAGUCAUUCCAGUGACACCACCAUGAGAAUAUAUAGAGGGAGCUCUGAGUUUUUAAUUGUAUAUAUUGACACAGUAAGUGUCUUAUUACAGUACUGCUAUGAUGUCAGUAACUAUCCUCAAAAUUACUUAUUGUAAUAACCUGUGUUUAAUUUACCCUAGGAACUUGAGGCAUUUUCAAGUGUGUUAUCUUCCCUUGUCUUGCUUGAUAGAUGCUUCAAAACCGUCUCAGCCUCAGUUUCCUAUCCUCUUUCUUUCCAUGUCUUAAAUAAAUUUUUCAGUAUUUAUUUUUACCUAAAACCACUCUUCUGUAAGUCAGCAAUUUCUGUUUUGCAAGUACAGCAUAGGUUAAAGGAAAAAAGGGGGGGAAGGUGGGACCUAACAAAUGAAUGUAUUUGAGAUAUUUUGUAAUUUUUACUAUGCUUAUUGGUUAUGCUAGGUAACAGAUAAUAUUUACCCUUCUAGAGUUGCUGCACUGUUUAAAGCUAAAUUCUGUAAACACCAUAAAAUUCAUUUUAUACUGUACAGCUGACAGAAUAUUGCUUUUCUGCCUAUAAAAGCUUCAGUUUCACUGUUUUUUAUACAUGAGUAAAAAAUGUGCUUUCCACAAUGAUAAAAUAUUUUUGAUUAAUAUUAUUUUGAAAAAUAGGUCUCCAUAUACACUAAAUAAAAAUGAAAUUAAAUAUUUUCAUUGAGAAAUCUUUGGAAGGCUGUGAUCUCAGGGAUGUUACAACUGGUGUUAUGGAAGUAAUUUUUUUUUACUAGUAGGCCAAAAUGAUUUCAGAAGUGCCAUACAAACACUUCUUCUUGAAAAGCCUCAGUUACAGAAAAGUUGUACUUUUUUUUUUUUAAGAAAUAAUAAUAAAAUGAAAUUAUGUUCCACUUUUAUCAUUUUGUCACUGUGUUUUUUCCUCUCUUCCUCUGCUGAAACUAUAGCAUGAAAAAGAAAUGGUCAAGUUAAUGUUAAAGAAGUGCAAAUUUUUUUUUCUUUACGGACUAGCUGUUCCUUAAAAUAAUCAUUUGAGUCUGUCUGCUUUUCAUGUAAAAGGCAAAGGAGCCAACCAAGUGGCCUGACAGUGAAUGAAAAAGAAGAAAGAAAUGAAAUAAAAAAGAACUUACCAGUUGGAUGGUAAUGCUUAAAGCUACUGUUCCUAGUGUGUGGAGACCAUGUUUGCAUCCCUCGUGUUGCCAUGGCCAUGUAAGCAGCAAGUGAUGAGUAAACGAUGUCCAAGGAGAGAAGGAGAUGUGACUCCCCCUUUUAAGCUGAGGGAGGAGCAGUUGCAGCUAUUUUUAACUAUGUUCUACUGGGCUUUACUGAAUUACUCAGCAGUUUCUUUAAUCCAGUUGUGGCAUCUAAGAUACCAAAACAGAUCUAAACAUGGACGAAAGUGGAAAAAAAAGUUUCAACGUACAAAUGACUGCAAAGUGAGAAUUUUCCUUUGCUUUGGGUUAGUUUUCUUGGGCUUGUAGACAGUUUUUUGUUUUUUUUUUUUCUUUUGAAAUUUUCAGUUUUUUAACAUUGACCUUUGUGAUUAGCUAAUGCUAAAGAAACUGCAUAUACUGUGCAGUAUUUCUUCUGUAAAACAACUGGUAGUGUAUGAUAGGUACUAAUUUUGUUGCUUUUAAAUGAUUAAAUAAAUGUAGGAUUUAUUCCUUGUUUGUUUAUGCUCUAUACAUUCCAACAGAUAUUUUAUAAAUCUAUCAGUUCUGCAUCUUUAUUUUUUUCCAUUUUGUUUUUGUGGUUGUUUUGUGUGCGUGUGAUCUUUUUACUCUGAAUUUACUCAGCACAGACCCACCACAGAGGUCUGUACCAUUCUCAUUUUCUGAGAACAUGUUUCCUGAGGACCAGAUAAUGCAGCUACAGACCAGGACAAGUAUUGCUUGUUUAUUGGCUUGCUCGUCACUUCAAGCACUUCUUAAUUUCAUUGAAGUCAAGCAGAUUGCAACCACUGUGGAUAUGUUCAAGCACUGCCACUUCCCCUUCUCCCCCCUUCAGUUAUGGGUGCUGUGGAGUAUCCCUGGGUAAGUGAUGCUUUAUAGCUUGGCACUUUAGGAUUUGGAAACUGAAACUGUGCCACUGUUGCUAUAAUUUUGAAGACUCACAAAGAGAUCAUCAUGAAUCUUGUAAGGAAGUUUAUUAUGGCCUGGACUUUGAGAAUAAAUUUAUUUUGAGUGGAGGUCAGACCUUUUUCUUAUAAAAAUGAAAUAGUUAAUGGAGCUUGUUUUAAAGGGAAGUCUUGAAAAUCUCUGAGGCCAACUUAGAAAAGAAGCUAAAUAUUUAGUUAUUUUUAAUCCAGUGUUAGCAUCAAAGAGCUAUUUUUGAGAAAUGCUUUGCAACUGGAGCUGCUCUUUCAUUCCGUCAAGUCUGUUAAACAAGGUGAUAGCAAUAAUAUGAAAAAUAAAUGAAAUAAGCUGGGGUAUUUAAAACACUUUUGCCUUUCUGUGGCUAAAAAUUACUUCUUGAAACAAAACCUUUGGCAACUAGGGUGCUGUUGCAACUCACACAACACCAAUGUGAACCUCAGCACAUUCCAGAUCAUGAAACAGUGAGACUCACCAGAUCAACCAGUGUAACUAUUAUUUUCCUCCUGCAAUAUUAGUCGCAGGUAUCAAAUGUCGCAGGAUAAAAAGGCUUCCAAAGCUUGUCAAUGCUGUACAGGAAUUGCAUCAGGGUUUGACUGCGUGGAGAAACAAUGCUAACCCAAUAUCCCAUUCUGUUGUCCUAUGAGAAGACCUGUCCAGCACCUGCAGAAGGAAUUCUGGUGGAGAAAAUUCUCAAGCAGCACAGUGCAGUUUUCAACCCCAAAUCUGAUUAACUCCCAAAUGCUGAGAUACCCUUCAAAUGUCGAGAGGAGAAUUAAGGUGUAAUGUAUAUUUUUAUUAAAAAAUAAAAUAUCUCCCCAUUUAGCUUGCCAUCUAAUAAAUAAGCCAAGAGGGAGAUGAAACCCGUUGGCUUGAAAGUC